CAAACGUCCACAGGUUUGAUGUCGGGCCACCACAGAGGUAACCGUGACAUGUCAGGUGGAUUUGGGAGAUAACUCCUUAACGUUUAAAAACAUGUGGCUCAAACCUGAUGAGAUCCUGUUGAAGAACGCCUUCAAACUGUGGGUCACCGAGAAGGAUAAUGAGUACUUCGUACUGCAGAGGAGACGAGGCUACGGAGAAGGUGGAGGCGGUCUGACAGGCCUCCUUGUGGGAACUCUGGAUACUGUGCUGGACUCCACAUCCAAAGUCGCUCCUUACCGCAUCCUGCACCACACCCCAGACUCACAAGUGUAUUGGUCCAUAGCAUGUGGUGUCACCAAAGAAGAGAUAGUUCAACACUGGGAAUGGCUGCAGCAGAACAUUAUGAGGACGCUCUCUGUUUUUGAUUCCAGUGAAGACAUCACAAGCUUUGUACAGGGCAAGAUACGAGGUCUAAUCGCUGAGGAAGGGAAGACAUCCCUUGUGCUAGAGGAUGAUCCUGAGAAGUUCAGAGAAGCGCUGUUGAGGUUUGAAAAGUGGUUUGAGCUGCCGCCGGAGGAAAAGCUAGUCACAUAUUACUCAUGCAGCUACUGGAAAGGCAAAGUGCCCUGCCAGGGCUGGCUCUACCUCAGCACAAACUUCCUCUGCUUCUAUUCAUACCUGCUGGGAUCCGAAGUGAAACUAAUCAUCUCCUGGGAUGAGAUCUGGAGGCUACAGAAAACAUCCAAUGUCAUCCUGACUGAGAGCAUCCACGUCUUGGCUAAUGGGGAGGAUCAUUACUUCUCUAUGCUGCUGCACCUUAAUGAAACGUUUGUUAUCAUGGAACAGCUGGCUGACUACUCCAUCAAGCGCCUUUUCGAUAAAGAGGCCUUCGAAAGAGAGCCAGCACUCACCGACCCCCUGCAAAUUACCAAGAGAGGCCUAGAAGCUCAUGCAAAGAGUGAACAGUUCCGCACAUUUUUCAGGCUUCCCAAAGAGGAAAACCUGCUAGAGGUGCACGAGAGCUUCCUGUGGGUGCCCUUCAGCCAUUUUAACACCCUUGGCAAGAUCUGUUUGUCUGAGAAUUACCUGUGUUUUGCCAGUCAGGAUGGAAGCCAGUGUCAUAUCAUCAUUCCAAUGCGAGAGGUUGUUAAUGUUGAGAAACCAGAUUCCAGCAGCAGAGCUUUAACAGUGUGUGUGCGUGGCAAGAGGGCGCUGCGUUUCUCCGAGGUGCGCGACUACCAGCGCCUUGCCAACACAAUCCGUAGCAGGUGUGGGAUUAGUGCCAGCCCUCAGCACUCUGCUUCAUCAGAGACCAUUCGAGGUGAAUGCCAGUCGCUCAUCAACCACUUCGAGGACAACCCAGACGACGUAACCCUGAUGGUCGGGCAGAAAGACAGCAGCAAGGCAGUAAGCACCGAGGCUCUCAUGACUGUUUUCCACCCCCAGGAUGUUGAGAACCUCGACCCCAAAAUGCUCAAAGAAAAGAUGAAGGAGCAGUCUUGGAACAUCCAUUUCACUGAAUACGGACGUGGCACAAGUAUGUUUUUCACCAGGAAGACACGAGACUUGAUUGUUCGAGGUGUUCCUGAAGCUUUGCGAGGAGAGCUGUGGAUGCUUUUUUCAGGAGCUGUAAACGACAUGGCCACUCACCCUGGCUAUUACACUGAGCUGGUCGAACAGUCUCUGGGCACAAGCACUCUGGCUACAGAUGAGAUCGAGAGAGACUUGCACCGCUCUCUGCCAGAGCACCCUGCCUUUCAGAGUGACACAGGAAUCUCUGCUCUGCGCAGAGUCCUUACCGCUUAUGCCUGCAGGAACCCAAAAAUUGGCUACUGCCAGGCCAUGAACAUUCUCACUUCAGUCCUCCUGCUCUACGCCAAAGAAGAGGAGGCUUUCUGGCUGUUAGUGGCCGUCUGUGAGAGGAUGUUACCUGAUUACUUCAACCGCCGAAUUAUUGGUGCUUUGGUCGACCAGGCGGUGUUCGAGGAUCUAAUUCGAGAAAACCUCCCGCAGCUGGUGGAGCACAUGACAGACCUGAGUUUCUUCUCCUCUGUGUCCUUGUCUUGGUUUCUCACUCUCUUCAUCAGUGUUCUGCCUAUAGAGAGUGCGGUAAACGUGGUGGACUGCUUUUUCUACGACGGCAUAAAAGCCAUCCUGCAGCUCGGCCUGGCGGUGCUAGACUACAACAUGGAAGCUCUGAUCGGCUGCCAUGACGAUGCGGAGGCUGUCACCAUCCUCAACAAAUUCUUUGAUAGUGUGACAAACAAAGACAGCCCAUUGCCUCCAACGGUGCAGCAAGCUUCACUGGGCAAUAAUGAUAAAUCAUCCAAUUUCAAUGUGGAUAUCAGCGAACUAAUCCGAGAGGCCUAUGAGAAAUAUGGAAAUAUUCGCUCAGAGGAAGUUGAGAGCUCACGAAAAAGAAACAAACUGUUUGUGAUCCAGACACUGGAGGAUACAACCAAGCAAAAUGUUAUUCGUGUGGUGUCCCAAGAAGUCAGAUUUAGUGCCUCACAGCUUGAUGAGCUUUAUAAUUUGUUCAAAAGGCAGCAUUUCCUCUGCUGCUACUGGACAAUGAAGAGUCCAAUUCUGCUUCAUCAUGACCCCAGCCUGGCCUAUUUGGAGCAGUACCAGCUCGGUUUCCAACAGUUCAGUGUGCUCUUCUCCCUGCUGGACCCCUGGGCUUUCUGCACCAACAAGAGCACCCUCUCCCUCUGGGUCUUCCGCCUGAUAGACGAGAACCAGGACGGCCUUGUCAACUUCAAAGAGUUCUGCUCUGCCCUUGAUACUUUGUACGGUGGAUCUUUCACAAACAAGCUGAAAUUCCUCUUCAAGCUGCACCUGCCACCAGCGUUUGAUCUACCGGCAGAUGGUGUGAUAAGGAAGAGCCCUGAAAGAGGUAGAGGAAAAGUGGACCUGCAGGCCUACCUGAAACAAUGGCAAAAUGAAAUACUUAAGAAGGAGGAAACCAUCAAGGAUCUUCCGAGAAUUAAUCAGUCUCAGUUCAUCCAGUUCUCCAAGACCCUGUAUAACAUUUUUCAUGGCGACCCAGAAGAGGAGUCCCUGUACCGCGCUGUGGCACAUGUGACCAGCCUCCUCCUGAGGAUGGAGGAGGUGGGGCGGAGGCUGCAGGAGCCGAGCAGCCCGCCCUCGCCCAAACAGCCUGCCACUACCACUGCCACUGAUGGUGCUGCUGCUGCCGCUGCUGUGGGGGAGGAGGCCUCUACCGAAGAAGCGUCUGCCACCCCCGAGAGCUCUGACACCUCCAGCUCCCACAACAGUCAGGAUGCAGGUCCUGACUCCACGGAAGUGGAAUGGUCUUUUUCGUUUGAGCAGGUUUUGGCGUCUCUGCUCAACGAGCCAUCCAUAGUCAACUUCUUUGAAAGGCCCAUUGACUUUCAGACUAAAAUGGGACAAGCCAAGGUUGGCCAACUGAAGCUAAAGGCUAAAUAAAUGAACGGUGACAUAAGUGUAUUGAUACUUUGCUUCUGAUUUGAACCCAGAAGUCACCAUGAAUUUCCUUUCUUUACUCGGAUAGGGCAGCGGGUUUUGGUGAGGUAGAGGGUAAGAUAGCCGUUAAAGUGGUUAUGAUAAAUGCAGAGGAGACAUCAGAUGUUGAAAUAUUGGGUGCAACAUGUGUGUUUGUGGGGCUUAAAUUGUUCACAUGGAUUUCAGUAAUGGCUGAUGAAAUGAGCGAGGUGCUGUAAACACUGUUUGAAACCGCCAUCUGACCGACACCUUCAGUGCAUUCUCAUGUUAAACCUUGUUGCAGUCUUUCUGUCAUUCCUCGAAUCUGAUUAUGCAUUUUCAACCUCACUGAUGAAACCAAUUCUCUCAUGUAGCCUCCGAUUCUUCAGAUUUUAAGUUAAGUUUACAAAAUAUAUUUCCCUGUAUGCCAUGAAGUACAUACAGUCUAGUUUUGUAUUGUAUAAGUGACAUUCAGUUCUGCCCCUCUUAUUCAGAAACAUGAUGGAAGAGUUUGUCCUUCCUUCUCUGUCUCCGCUGACACCUCCAUAACAAAUGACUUGACAAGGGGGCACAGGAAGAUUCUCCCUCUGAAUACGUUUGUGUUCUCUUGCUGAUUGGUAGUCAAUGCUGUAAAAUGAAACGUACUGUAAAUGCAAACAUGUCCCGUGACCUCAGUGUCUCCUGGUUGGUGUUAUCCUUAAUGUAUUUUGAGAAACACCAGCUUUUUCAGUUGUUAUAGUAGGAUAGGGAGUAAGGACAAGCUUUAGUGUUGUCCUUGGAAGCCAUAAAUUAAUUUCAGAGAUUAUCUGAGUGAGGAUGUCACCUACUUUUUAUUGAGAGCAGAAAAGAUUCAAUUACACAUUUUGCAAUAACAUAGAAGAGAGAACGAUAUACUGCCACAGCACACUCACCUGUCUCCAGCAGCAGCAGCACACAUAGUGAUGAUAUUAUAGCAUGAUGUCAAAUAUGUUGUAUACAGGAAACAUAGGAUCUGUAAAGGUAAAAUUGAAAUCAGCUCUCUCCUCUGAGUAAACUAGAAGCUGUGUGUUAGUUGAGCUUUUAACAGCAAGCUGAAAUUAGCUAGAAAAUUAGCUGUGUGCGAUCUUCACAGUGCGAUUGGUUGAUGUACCGUUUGCUUAUGUCUGUCUUACCGUAUAUGUAGGAUCCCACGCUCUAGUCUUAAGUGCAGCAUUUUGUACAUAGAGGUCAGUUCAAUAGUCGUUUAUUGAUUAUUGUAUUUAAGAGGCUUGUAUUGAAAAUGUACGAUAUGAGGUUGUGGACUGUUAUGGACACAUCUUAAACCUUUUGAAGGAUGUUUAAAUCUCAGGGUGCAAUUUGUGUAAAAUAUAAGGGAGUAAAGGGAUAUUUUUUCGACCUGGGACAUAUAAAAUAUAUGACUGAGUUUAACAUUUUUGUCUGUAACAUUAAAAUAUAGAGCAUGUGUAGCACACUUACAGGAUUUGCCACAUUCUGCUUGCCUUUGGCGAUCAGCAGUUAUGCUCGCUACAGAAAGCCAGAUUUAACUUGCAGUAUUUCA